UUCGUCAAAUCCUUGUCCAAGUGGCACCAUGUGUAGGCCUGACUUUUCGUGGGACACAUUUACCUGUGAUGUUGAUGGAGGCUGGGCCCCAUGGACAACAUGGACAACCUGUCAAUCUCAUCCCGCGUCUUGUCCCAGGACGCGUAACAGAACCUGCUCCAAUCCACCGCCACUGAAUARAGGUGCCUACUGUAUCGGUCUAGGUCUGGAGAGUGAAACAUGCGUUGGCAAUGUUAACGCAAGUCAAAGAGAAUGUGAAAUACCACUUGGGAUGGAAGACGGAAACAUCACUGACUCCCAGAUUACGGCCUCAUCGACAUACCCAUCAAGUAUCACGCUCGACCCUUGGCAAGCACGCUUAAAAAACCCAGGGAUAGCCGGCGUUACGUAUGGUUCAUGGGCUGCAAGAAUAAGAUCUGUAGGACAGCAUUUACAGGUUGAUCUUAGGUGCCCAAAGAUGAUUACUAGGAUUGCCACACAGGGAAGAUCGCUCGGUGCUGAUCAAUAUGUUACGAAAUAUUCCGUGUCCUAMAGCAACGAUGCAACCAGCUGGAUACAAUACCUCCAAGAUGGCGCUAUUAAGGUAUUCCCUGCAAACAACGAUAAACAAACAAUAGUCAAAAACAGUCUCCCUCAACCACUUAUUGCUCGAUACAUCCGUAUCAUCGUAGAAGAAUUUCACUCAUGGCCUACGAUGAGAAUGGAACUAUAUGGGUGUUCAUUUUGAAUUCGGUAAUCUCUGUCCCUGUCCCUAUCCCCGUUCCCGUCGCAAACCCAAUGUAUCUAUUAUAAGUAAUACCRUAACCAGGAUCUUUAACAGAUUGCAAUAGAGAGCCAUUGCAGCUAGUAUAAGAUUUUUACUGGGUCCAUGCGACUCAUUUAUGGUCCUUGUGAUUUGUUAUGUGUGGGACCGAGCUUCACGAAUGGUGAGGAGGGAUAUGUAGACUAUUCUUCCCUCAUGAUUAUAUUCUUGAGGGACGAGUAGUCUAAUCGUCCCUCAUCUUUAAUGCUUAUUAAUGAUAUUUAUAUAGCGCUCUUUUCCAUAUGGAUAUGUUCAAAGGCGCUUUACGAUGAUUUGUGAAUGAGGGAUAGUAUGAGGUGUAGGCACUGAGGGUGGUCACAGCCAGGGUGU